CUUUUGGACAACCAUUUGGUUAUUUUAAUUCAAGUCCACAAUAGAGUCGAGUAUUUGUCGGCUUUGAUUCAAUCCUUACAACAAACUCAAGACAUUCACGAAGUAUUGCUUGUCUUCAGUCACGAUGUCUUUGAUCCACAAAUCAAUUCAAUGGUUACUUCUAUCAAGUUUUGCAAAACAAUGCAAAUCUUUUAUCCGAAAUCAUUGCAAUUGAAUCCCAACUCAUUUCCGGGCGAUUCGGUCGAUGACUGUCCGCGGGAUCUGUCCAUAAAAGAGGCCCAAAGAAUUGGCUGCAGAAACCGAUUGAAUGCCGACUCUUACGGUCACUUCCGAGAAGCCAAAUACACUCAAACCAAACACCACUUCUGGUGGAAGAUUAACGCCGUUAUGUCGGCCCUCGAGAUGACGCGAAGCCAUUCCGGAGACUUCAUGUUCAUCGAAGAGGAUCACUACUUAUCGCCAGACGCUCUCCACGUCUGGAAACUCAUCAAACAAUUUCGCAAUGACAAUGAAAUCAUCACUUUGGGCUCAUAUACCCGUUCAGUGGAUUUUGUCCAAAAUGGUCAUCUCAUAGAAAGGAGUCAAUGGAUCUCUAGUCGACAUAAUAUGGCAUUUAUCAUCAACCGCAAUAUUUGGCACCAAAUCAAAGACUGCGCUCAAAGUUUCUGCACUUAUGAUGACUACAAUUGGGACUGGAGUUUGCAAUAUGUUAGCGAAAAUUGUCUCAAAUCACCACUUUAUACACUUGUUGUGUCCACUCCAAGAGUGUAUCACACGGGCGAGUGUGGACUCCACCACAAGACUAAACGCUGCAAUAAUAAAGAGAUUAUACAAACAAUUAGAGAUACAUUCGAGUCCUCGAAAAACUAUCUCUUUCCCAAACGUAUGGCUUUACAUAAAAGGCCUCAAAAAGCUUUUCGAAUGCCUAAACCCAAUGGAGGGUGGGCUGACCCCCGCGACCACGAGCUAUGUCUCAACCAAACUAAUCACUCUUUUGGUUAAAUUAAGUUUUGAUGAUUUGCUGAAACUUCCAUUUGUUGUGAACCCCAGAGAAUCCAUUGAAUCUGUUGAAGCCUUUCGUGAUAUCAAAUUCUAGUCGAUCUCUAAUUACAGUUAGAUUUAUAGUUCACAAUACUUAGCGAUUAAUGAUUUAUUUGGUUGAAUUUGCGGCAAUUAAUUAGUAAGUCAACUCAAUGGCAACGGUACCUCUAUUUCAAAGUUGG